AUGUUCAACAGGGAGGUCGAGCUCAACGAGGCCGCCGAGCAGCGAUCAGCCGCGGCGGCUGGCACCACGAAGAAGGGCGGUGGCAAGGUGUCGUCGCUGCUGCUGGCCACCACACCCGCGAGCCGCAACACGGUCAAGGCCAAGGCCGACAAGGACCAGCCCGCGACCAAGCUCAAGUCCAGCACUAAGCGAAUGGCCAAGAGCGAGCGGAAUGUCAAGCACGCACUCACUGAGUGGCGGCGCGAUGUCACGACAACCACGGCCGCCGACAAGAAGCAGACCGACGUUGUCGCCAACACGCCAGCGCUUGAAGAGCUGCCGGCGGCGAAGAUCGCCGACAUCAGCGCCGGCCUCAAAGCACAGGGAACCGGUGCCCAGGCCGAGGCGCAGCCCGAUGCAGAGCCGGCGCCAGCGGCGGCCGUGGCGUCGCUGCAGCUGACGGAGAGCACCGAGCGGCACCGGUCGCGGGUCAAGAGCGCCGACGCGGACAAACGUACCGAGCGGCUGCUGAUGAGCAAGAACCACCAGGUGCUCAAGAAGCACGCCAGCGGCGACAAGUGUUGGACGUCGGCGGUGCUCAAGACGGAUUCGCCCCCGCCAUUGCCCCGAGCCAGCGACUCUGCCCCCGGCGACAGUCCUCAGACGGGAAAGAACGAAAGCGAAAGCGAAAACGAACGAGAAAACGAAGACAAAAGCGAAAACGAGGGUGGUAGUGGUGAUGGAGGAGAGAAAGAAGAGAGCGAGGAGGCGAAAAGGAAGAGGUGCGAGGUGUUCAUGCACUUCCAGCGCCAGGUGAGCAUCACCAACAUGGCCCUCUUCGCCCAGAAGGAGCGACAGAAGAUGGCCCUCAUGGUCGAGCGCGAACGCGAACGCGAUCAGCUCCGCCGGUCCGCCGAAAAGCGACAGCCACAGCCACAGCCACCACUGGAGCCGCAGCCGCAGCCGCCGACCGAGUCCACAAAUGUCGACGCGGCGGCCAAGGCUGAACUGCGACCAGGGACGGAAGACGAACAGAAGGAGGAUGAAGAGGAGAAGCAGGAGAAGGUGGAGAAGGUGGAGGUGGAAGUGGAGGAUGUUGAGAUGGAGGUCGAGGAGAAGCACAGGGCGCGAGUGCGCAACGAGCUCAUCGAAACCGAAAUCAGCUACAUCCACAACCUGCAGAUCCUCGACGCCGUGCUUCAGGCCGCGAAGGAGGCGCAAGUGGUCAGAGGCGCAGUGCUCAAUAUUCGGGAGCUUUCGACACUGCUCACGCUGCACCAGACGUUCCUCUCGGAGCUGCAGGAGGCCGACAACUCGUUCACCGAGUCCUUCCUCUCCUUCAUCCCCUUCAUGAAGAUCUACACGGCGUACUUCAACGCAUAUUCGCAAGUGAGCACCAACCUGGCCAAGCUGCACUCCAACUCGGCCUUCAUCUCGCUCCUCAAGGAGUGUGAGGAGCGGCUGAACAAGGAGUCCGGGUCCAGCGUCAUCCUCGACCUCGACUCGCUGCUCAUCCUCCCCAUCCAGAGAAUUCCGCGCUAUGAGUUGCUCUUGAGCGACUACUUGAAGCACUCGCAGAGGAAGCCGGAGGAGCUGCCCCGGAUCGACAAGCUGCUGACGUCGAUCAAGGAGCUCAACCGCUUUCUCAACCAGGCCCGGCGACAGGAGGAGGCCGUCAAGCAGCUCAGCGAGAUCCAGCAGGCCCUCGUCUUCCCCAAGGGCAAGGAAGCGUUCUCGCUGUUUGGACGACAGCCGGUGCGGCGGCUCAUUCACCAGGGCGAGCUGCGGAUCAAGGGCGACGACGGCGCGAUCGUCAUCACGCCCGAAGACAUGCUGCCGUCCGCCGAACCCACCCUCGACGACACCGACAGCGACCACUCACCACCCACCUCACCCUCCUCCUCAUCCUCCUCUUCAUCAUCAUCGUCACUGGCCUCGUCGGCCGCGACCACCGACUCGCUCCCAAAGCUCGCGCGGCGCUCCACCUCGCAGCUGGUGCGGCAGCGCAGCUUCGAUGCCAACAAGCACCGAUCGCGCAUCGUCCCGCUCAGCUCCACUCCGCCCGCCGCCACCUGGUCCAGCAUGUCGUCCCUCCCCGCGCUCGCACCCGACGCCGACUCGUCGCCGUCGACUGUCGACACGCCGAUGGCCGCGGCGGCGGCGCUGGCGACGGUCAAGCCGCAGAAGUCGAAGCGGGGCGGGUCGUGGCUCGAACUGGGCUCGUCGGCUGGUAGUGGCGGGCUGCAGUCGACCUCCCCGCGGCAACUGCUGCCGACGUUGAAGAUGGCUGGUCGGGGCGGGAGCCGCGGUUCGUCUUCAUCGUCGUCGUCUUCUUCUUCGCGUUCCUACAAGAAGCGCUACGUGUUCCUCUUUGACGAUCUUCUGCUCGAGACCGAGCCCGAGAAGGACGCCAAGUUCCGAUUCGUGCGCGUGCACCACCUCAGCGAGUGCUACAUCGCCUCCACCUAUCACAACGAAGCGGAUGAGCGGGACGUGAUUGCGUGGGUGUCGGUGUCGGCUGGUGAGCGAUAUCUGCUCAAGACCAAGAGCCCGCAGGACAAGGUCGCCUGGAUGGAGGCCCUCCUCAAGUGCAUGAAACAGAACUGA